AUGGAAACUUGUGCAUCAGGGGAGGUUCCAAUGUCUAAGGGAGAAAAGCUUACUAAGAAACAAAGUCCAAAGAAUGAAGUAGAAAAGGUGGAUAUGGAGUCCAAGCCAUAUGCAAGGCUUGUUGGAAGCCUUAUGUAUGCUCAAGUCUGCACUAGGCCUUAUUUAUCUUUUAUAGUUGGCAUUCUUUCCAGGUUUCAGUCUAAUCCAGGUCAUGAACAUUGGGUAGCUGGAAAGAAAGUACUCAGGUACGUGCAGAGGAUUAAGAACCACAUGUUUGUGUAUACACAAGUCGAAAAAUUGAAGCUUGUAGGAUACACAGACUCAGACUUUGCAGGGAAUUAUCCUGAUUCUAAGAAAUCGACUUGUGGAUAUGUUUUCAUGCUUGUAGGAGGGGCUGUUGCUUGGAAAACUAUGAAACAAACCUUAGUGACAACAUCUACAAUGCAAGCAGAGUUUAUUGCAGUGUAUGAAGGAAUGUGUGAAGAGCUUUGGAUUAGAAUUUUUUUGAUACAAACUAGGAUUUUAAGUCAAAUAGUUUCUUAUGCUCUUGUAAUUCAUUGUGACAAUGAGGCAGCUAUGUUCUUCAGUAAAAACAGUAAAAGGUCAAAUAACUCAAAGCAUAUUGACCUCAAGUAUUACAGUGUGAGAGAGAGAGUCAAGCAUGGUGAAAUUUCAGUAUUGAGUAUAAUUACAGACUCUCAGCUUGCAGAUCCCUUCACUAAGGCAUUGUCAGUUGCUGCCUUCAAGAAGCAUAUUGAGAAUAUUGGUGUUUUACCUAGUUUAAGUUCUUGA